AUGGUCAUGGAUCGAUACACGCAAUUCCCCGUCAGCGACGGCGAGGCAGAGGUGCCUGCUAUUGUUCCAUGGCAGCUGGGUGAGCUAUUCCUGCCAUUAGAUGUUUAUGUCUUGUCAUGGGCCAGCUUAUUACAUGCCUUUACGACGGACGGGCAUCCGGUAUUCUGGUUGAACACGAAGCCGGUCAAGGUGGACUUGUCGACUCAUGCUAUCCAGCCGGCUGUGCUGGAUGCAGCCUCUGAUGCUUCUGACAGACAUACGGCCGUUAUUAUUGAGGCCAAUCCGUCAUCCACGCAGGCACCAGCAUCAGGUGCCUUAACAUGGAUCCUUGAUCCAACGACGCAGUCGGGUGUGUUGCGCUCGACGGUUGUGGAUGAUUCAUUUUUGCACCAGCUGGGCAGGCAGCUGAAGCAAUUCGUGCGAAAUCAAGCGGCGCAGGUGGGCAUUCGGGUGAAAUUGUCUGCCUCCGAGCUGCCGGAGAUGUCAAUUUUGAACCCUUCUCCCUCCAUUCUAACAGGGCCGCAGCUCCUGCACCAGCUUGUUGCACGCACGGGAUCUGAUGGCUCCAACAACGCCAUUGAGUUUCUGGCUGCAGAUGGGAAAAUCCGUAGCUUGCCAUAUCACGCCUUAGAUGCCCUCUCUACGACACUAGCAGCUGAAAUCACUCGAAGCCUAGCCUCGGCAGAUGAUUCCAAAAAGCGGGUAGUGCCUGUGCUGCUACCCCAGUCUGUUGAGCUGUAUAUUUCUUGGCUAGCAAUCCUCAAAGCAGGCGCCGCAUUCUGUCCACUGAAUACUGACGCACCCCCGGACCGGAUUGAUUUCAUCGCCCGGGAUGUAGCGGCCUCGGUCAUCGUCACCCAGGGUGCUUUAGCUUCAAGAGUACCGCAAGACGAGCAUCUGAGCGUCAUUACUGUGGAUGACCUAGAGACAAAGGAUUCUAUUACCACGAUUGAGUCCUGGAAAAAAUUAUCCUCUUCUGACCUGGCCUACGUGAUGUAUACCUCCGGAUCAACUGGCCGCCCCAAGGGUGUUGGGGUUUCUCAUCUGGCCGUCACUCAAUCUUUGCUUGCCCAUAAUGAUUUGGUGCCCCCAUUUAGACGAUUUUUGCAAUUUGCGUCUCCCACAUUCGAUGUCUCAGUUUUUGAAGUUUUUUUUCCCCUGAUGCGAGGAGCCACUCUCAUCAGCUCCGAGCGGGAGCAUAUGCUCCUUGAUAUCUCUCACGUCAUGACAGAAAUGAAAGUCGACGCCGCCGAGUUGACUCCCACGGUUGCGGGCGAAUUGCUGCGCACACGUGCGGCGGCUCCAUCACUCCGAGUCCUGCUUACUAUCGGUGAGAUGCUCACCAGACAUGUAGUGGAGGAGUUUGGCCACUCGCCCAACUCGCCUGGUAUCCUGCAUGGAAUGUAUGGACCAACAGAGGCCGCUAUUCAUUGCACUGCAGCUACCAAUUUCCAAGCGAACGCUCGCGUCAAUUUGAUCGGGAAGCCGUUGAAGACUGUUUCCGCUUAUAUCAUGUCCCUCGACAUUGAAGACGCGCCAUUACCUGAGGCGCUGCAGCCCGUUCCACGGGGACAGAUUGGAGAAUUGGUUGUGGGCGGAUUUCAGUUGGCAGAUGGGUACCUGAACCGGCCUGAAGAAAACGCAAAAGCUUUCAUAGAUCACCCCUCGUAUGGCCGGCUCUACCGAACGGGGGACAAAGCUCGGAUGCUACUCACAGGAGACAUCGAGUGCUUUGGGCGAAUUUCCAGCGGCCAAGUAAAAUUACGCGGCCAACGGAUUGAACUUGGGGAGAUCGAGCAUGUUAUCUGUAGGGCGCCAAAUGUUCGAGCAGCAGUGGCCAUAGUGUGCGAUGGGAGCUUGAUUGCAUUUGUGCUCGUCAAUGGCGAAAACACAGCCGAUAGAGUGCUCCGAGAUGUCUGUCGUCAGUGGCUUCCUCGGUUUAUGGUGCCCGGAGAAUUCGUGCUCGUCAAUCAAUUACCGCGGCUUCCAUCAGGCAAAAUUGAUCGCAAGGCGCUUGAGGCGGAUUUCGCCCAACACCGGCGUUCUACUCAAUCUGUGGACCAGCCACCAUUCAGAGAUGCCAUCGAAGAGACGAUCAUCACAACCAUCGCUGAUGUAUUGGGCACUCGACCUUCACAAACAGAGAGUUUGGUAUCAGCGGGUCUUGACUCCUUGACUGCCAUCCGUCUAGCCUCCCACCUAUUGAGCGCUGGAAUUCGCCUUCAUGUGGGGAAUCUGCUAGAGGCCGACUCUGUGGAUGGGAUAUGGCAGCGGGCCAAAGAACUGGAAACUUCCCAACCACCCGAAGACAUGAACGACAGUGUCCAGAGAAUUCGUCAGUUGGUUGCAGAAGCCGGAGCUGCCAGAAUGAACACCCUGGGACUGGGAUUGCAUGUUACGGCAGUCAAGGCCUGUAGCCAUAUCCAGCAAGCCAUGUUGUUGGAGACGGCUCGAAAUACGAAAGCAUACUGCAAUUGGGUCGAGCUGGACUUUGACUCCUCAAUCAGCCUGGAGACUGCCAAGGAUGCAUUUAUCAAACUUACACAGCACAAUGACAUCCUGAAGGCUGGCUUUGUGGAAAUUGGGUUGAAAGAUCACUCCUACGGCCGCUUUACUUGGAAAAAUCUCGACGAGCACUUUUUCCAGACGUGUGACGAGCUAGACUUCGACGCGAGCUUGGGCGCAGAACAUGAUCUUUUACAUCCUUUCAAAGUCCAGUUCAAGACAGAGAAUGACAAGUUGAGGGUGCUCGUGCAUAUCCACCAUGCCCUAUAUGAUGGAUGGUCCUGGCAAUUGAUGCUCAAAGACCUUCAAAGUAUCCUAAAAGGAGAGGGGCUUCCCUCUCGACCAACUUAUGACAUCGUGACGGAAUUUCUUGUCGAAUACAAAAUGCGUGAAUCUGCGACGGAAUCUUCAGUCUUCUGGCGCGAUCAACUCCAGGGAUUUUCUCCCGUAUCUUUCCCCAACUUCUACGGAAAAGACGGAGUCUUGCCCGGCACGGAGGACGCCACACGCGUAUUAGAUAUCUCCAUGUCGAAACUCAAUGAAGUCUCCCAGCUUCUUCGAGUGAGUAGACAGACUAUCUUCCAGGCUGCAUUCUGCUAUCUACUCUCCUCUUAUCAAGGAACUGGUGAUGUUGCGUUCGGCACCGUCUUUUCAGGCCGAACAUUACCAAUCAAAGGAAUAGAGGCAGUCCUAGGACCCUGUAUCCAGACCCUGCCAACACGCAUGAAUCUCGACGAAAUGCAGCAUAUAACCGAUCUUCUGCUGGCAAUUCAGAAUAUGAACCGCAAGUCUCUUGAGCAUGGUAGCCUCCCUCUCCAAGAUAUCAAGAAGGCUUCAGGGUUAAAUCCCAGCAGGAAUCUCUUUGACAGUGCUCUCGUGUGGCAAGAAAGUAUUUGGGCAGAUAAACAUCAAGACACCUUCCAAGAAGUAGGUGCCGCGGAAUUCUUGGAGUUUGCUCUUCUUCUGGAAUUCGAGCCCCGAGAAGAUCACAUUUGUGCAAAGGCAACAUACCAACGAUCUAUCUUGCCCCGUGAACAGGCGGAACUCCUCUUGAAACAGAUUGAUUGUGUGGCAUCUGUGCUUAUCGACUCGCCAGACCUCCCGAUUCCUGAUAUUUGCAACCACUUCCCGCCGUCAGUUUUGUCUAUGCACAAUGCAGAUUUUGAGACAAUGGUCAACUUUCCAAGACUUGCAUCUAGUGUUGAACACAUUUCUUCUGUCGACCCGUCUCGUCCGGCCAUUGAACAUUUGCUUUCUAAAGAGCCGGAAUCCGUUGACCUCGAAGUUCAAGCCAUCACUUAUGGUCAAUUGAACACGAAGGCAAACCGCCUCGCACAUCAUUUGUCGCAACUCGGAGCGACCUCCACCGACUUGAUUGCAAUCUCUCUUGAAAAGUGUCCGAAUCUGUACAUCUCCUUGCUGGCAGUUGCCAAAAUUGGAGCUGGCGUUGUGCCAGUGGAUAUUCGAGCUUCAUCUCAGGCGCUCCAGGCCAUUCUGGGGAUGACCAGCUUCAGAUUCUGCAUCGUUGAUUCUCGGACAGAACGCGGGUAUUAUUGGGGUGCUCAGAACUCCGUGCAAACAGUUCGAGCCGACGAACCUCUAGAUGGUUACCCUGACAGAAACUUACCCACGAUUAACGAAGAUUUCAAUGUUGCCUACAUUGAAACCAUAUCAAGGAGUGACGAUCCAAUGUCCCUUCUUUCCAUUUCUCAUCGUAAUUUGCGAAGCAGCUUUUAUGCGUUUGAGAAUUCAUAUCCCAGCUUUCAGGGAUCGAAAUUGCUUCAAGCCACUUCCCCUGUAUUUGGUGCCUCCAUCUUCGAAACCUUCUUCGCAUGGCAUAUGGGAAUGACAUUAUGCUCAACAUCGGACGAAUUCAUGACGAGAAACACACAGCAAGCCAUCAAGAAGCUGGGUAUCACGCACCUCCAUCUGACUCCUGUAAUGGCCUCUCGUAUAAGACCACAAGAUGUCCCCAGCGUGCAGUAUUUGUUCACUUCUAGUGAAGAAUUGACAGCGAAAGUCCAUCGGGACUGGGCUGGAAGGGGUCUUUGUCAAGGUUAUAGCGCUCGUGGACUGACUUACUCCUGCACCAUCUGCCCGAAAAUUGAGCCGUCGACCUUGGUUUCGAAUAUUGGCCGGCCACUCAAGACCACAUCUGUGAUGGUUGUAGCAGACCGGAAAACAUUGACGCUACUUCCUCGUGGCGCAGUUGGAGAGUUGUGCAUUGGUGGUGAACAAGUUGGCCAGCGCCUCUCCAACUCGGAAAGUUCCAGGGCGGGCCAAUUCAUUGAACACCCAGACUUUGGCAAGAUAUACAGAACGGGCGAUUUCGGCAGGCUUCUCCCAGAUGGAUCUCUCGUUCUCGCCCCUAGACAGGAUCAUGGCCAACAAGUUGCUCUAAGUGAGAUCGACAAUGCUCUUUUGUCUUUGGAAGAAGUUAAGGAUUCCGUGAGCAUGAUUCUCAAAAGUCCGAAUUUCGACCAACAGCAGGUGGUCACUUUUUGGAUCCCUUCUCAAAGCGUUCAAGAAUCCAACGGCACAGGGCGACUUGGAACAAUCAUCAACAGUUUAUUCAAAGAGCUCAACAUGAAGCUUCCGUCGCAUAGGAUUCCUUCUAUUCUCUUUCCAGUGGAUGAGAUACCCAUGACUGACUCCAGAAAGACUGAUCAUAUCAAGUUACAACAACAGAUUGAAAAGGUGAAGCCAGAAGAUCUCCAGUCCUUUUCAUCAACUGCUGGUAUCGAUGGCACCGAUGAUGCUUUCACUGAUACCGAGAAAACAAUAGCAGCAGCGCUAUCAGCAGUCACCGGAUUGGAAUCACUGUCGGCCAUAUCUUUUUCACGCAAGCUCUGGGAAUCAGGUUUCAGUAGGCUGUCCGUGUCAACGAUACUGCGCCACGACUCUGUUGCUCAACUUGCGGCGGUGAUUUCUGAAAUGCAAAACAAGCACCAGCCCCGCAAGUCUUCCCUGCAUGAGUCGGUAACAGUGCUUGAUGAAAGCUUCAUCCUUCGAGUUAAGUCUGAAUUUGAUGUUCUCGGGAGAUCUGUACAGCACGUCUACCCCUGUACACCGUUACAGGAAGCUAUGCUUGCGGCUGAGUCUUCUGACAAUCACUCAACCUACUUCAACCAUCUUUUGAUUCGAGUUCACACAAGCAAUCAUCGACUCAGAACAGCGUGGGACCAGAUGCUGCAGAGACAUGAAAUAUUCCGGACCUGCUUCAAGCCAACAAGUGAUAAGCGGUUUGCAUACGCUCAAGUUGUGCUGGACAGCGCAAAUUUGCCAUGGUCCGAAGUUGAGGCCUCAUCUUAUGAUCUUAAUCAAGAGGUCGACAAGCAAAAGGCAGACAUUCAAGGCCGAUCUCCUGUCGAUGGGGAAUUGCCUUACUCCUUGACCUUACUCACUGACUCAACAACGCAAAAGACAUACCUUCUUUUGUCAAUUCACCAUGCCCUAUAUGACGGAGAAGGCAUAAAACAGUUGUUGCAUGAGCUACAGCUCUCACUGUCAGGUCGAGUACCAUCACCGCGAACACCAUUUCGCCAUUUUGUUGAGUAUAUGAUAUCUGCUGAUUCUGGAGUAUCAGAUGAGUACUGGGACAAGUACUUAUCCGGCUUGUCUCCAACAUUACUGUCUGUGCGUCAGAACGACCAAGAGUUUGGGGAGGAGUUAGCCUCUCAGCAAAUCCAUAUGACUUUGAACACAUCUCUCGAAUCGCUCAAAAAAACAUGCAGGAGCCUCUCCGUUACACCGUUGAACGUGUUUCAUGGCGCAUGGGCCAAAUUGCUGUCAUUGUACGCAGGCUCGUCCGACGUCUGCUUUGGAAAUGUGUUCAGCUGUCGCACUGUGCCUUUAGAGGGCGCAGAUCGAAUUAUCGGGCCUUGCUUCAAUACACUACCGGUGCGGAUUAAGCUUCCUUCUACAGCUACAAAUGGAGACAUCAUGAAGUUAUCACAGAAGAGCAUUAACGACAUCCUGCCUCAUCAGCUGAGUCCUUUGCGUCGUAUCCAACGACGAGUUCUUGACAACGGCAACCGGCUGUUCGAUACCUUGAUCAUUCUCCAGAACGGAAGCACCAAACUGGACUCGCACAUUUGGGAGCUGCUUCGUGACGAGGGAAACAUGGGAUUUCCUUUGAUUUGUGAGAUUGUUCCCGAUGAUGUAGACAAUAGCGUUCGCAUUUGUCUUCACUUUCAGACCACCCAUAUUUCACACAACUCAGCAACACAGGUUGCCGAGGACUUUGUGGCCCUCAUUAACCACACAACACGGUAUCCUUCUGCUCAAGUUUCAGACAAGCAAUUCCUGAACACAGAAAUUCCCCAGCUGUUUGCACACAGUACAGCCCAGUCAAAUAAGUUCAUCGAGUUUACUUCAACCACACCUCGUGUACCCCGCCAGUGGUCCUACCAGGAGGAAGCGGUACGAGACAUCCUUUGCAAAUUUUCUGAAUUUGACAACGAUGGCAUAACGCAAGAAACGACCAUCUUUCAGCUUGGCUUGGAUAGCAUCAAUGCUGUUCAGAUAACUGCGAUAUUGCGUAGAAUGGGUUACAGAAUCUCCGCUGGUGAGCUUCUCGAGAGUGCUUCCAUUGAACGCAUCGCCUCGUUGCUAAAUCCUACCGAGAAGAGCACCAAAGACGAUCAAUUUGAUUUUUUGAACUUCGAAACUCAAUAUCUGCACACUGUUUGCGAGCAGCUUCAUAUUCCUCAACACAGGGUACAGUCUCUGCGUCCCUGCACGCCAGUGCAGAAUGGCAUGUUAGCGAUGUUCAACAAUUCUAAUGGCGACAUGUACUUCAAUCGAAUGACUCUGAAGUCUUCGCGGCCUCUUGAUAGAUCAUUACUCAAGAAAGCUUGGUCUCAGGCAACCGCUCGGCACGAGAUGCUCCGAACUGGCUUUGUUCAACUGCGAGAUCAACAGUACCCGUUUGCUAUGAUCACCUACCAUCAGAGCAUAGGUAUCCCAUGGCAUGAAACAUUGCAUGAUGAUGCGCACUUGACCGAGAAUGAGGUCCUCAAGAACCUCCACCAACCACCGUGGAGCAUUGCCGUCGAGUGCUCUGACACAAUUACAACCAUGCAUUUCUCCGCUCUCCACGCCAUCUACGAUGCACAGUCCUUGACAUCAAUCUUUGCAGAUGUUGCAACAAUGUACGAAGGAAAUGAUUUGUCGGCACCUCUUUCCAUCACCGAAACACUUGGUCCCAUCUUGGUCGAGAGCCGGAAACAGAGCGAAACUACACAAGAGUUCUGGCAAUCUUUGGCCUCAGAAGUGCUGCCCUGCAAAUUUCCCGACCUGCACCCGAUGCGUGUCGAAAACAGAAACAUCCUCGAAAAUUCGAUUCAAUGUUCACUGUCUCAGAAGGCACUCGAUGAUGUCUGUCGAAAACUUGGUGUCACGCUACAAGCAGCUGGACAGGCCGCAUGGGCCCGACUUCUUGCUGCUUAUACCGGCGAGCCAAACGCUGUAUUUGGAACUGUGCUCUCUGGUCGAAACUUGUCAGCUGCUUCCUGGGAAGCCGUUUUUCCGUGUCUGGUUACGGUGCCAAUGCCUGUACACGUUGAAGGCACCAACCGUGAAUUGUUGGACCGGACACUGAAGAGGAAUGUAUCCUUGGUGAAGAAUCAGUUUACCCCAUUGUCAGAGAUUCAACGAUGGCUGGGGGUUGAUGAGCCUCUGUUUGAUUCCCUCUUCGUUUAUCAGAAAUUUGCAUCGGUCACAGAACGACCCGAGGCAUGGGAGGUCGUCGAUGUAGCGACAAAGAUCGAUUAUCCUGUUUCCAUCGAGUUGAUUCCACAGUCAACCAAGCUUGAAAUCCGGUUAAGCUACAGGAGCGACAUUGUUCCCCCAGAACAGGCACAGAUAAUUCUGAAUCAGUACGACAAACUUCUGGAAAGCACUCUCUUCUUGCCAGAUUCUGAUUGUGGCGAUUACUCGUCUAUUGGUCGCGGGCUGCUUUCAAUCACGUCUGCGAAGGAACCGAGGAUAGAAUCCCCAGUCUCUUUAUUGCAUCAGUUUGUUGAAAAGAACGCCGAGAAAAUUCCAGAAAGGACUGCAUUCGAAUUUGUAUCGGGGUUCGCGGGAGAUACCUUACAAAAGAGGACAUGGUCUUACAGCGAAUUGAAUGAUAGUGGCAAUCGAGUUGCUCGGUUCCUUCAGGUAAAGGGAGCUACUCCUGGAAGCAUGAUCGCGAUAUGCUUCGACAAAUGUCCCGAGGCGUCGAUGGCAAUAUUGGGUAUUUUGAAAUCUGGUUGCGCUUAUGUGGCCAUUGACCCAACAGCACCAGUCUCUCGAAAGCAAUUUAUCCUGGAAGAUUCGGGCUCGACGCUUCUGCUUUGCAAUUUAUCCAAGCGGACAGAACUGGGGGGUCUAUCUGAUGUUGAUAUUCAGUUCCUCGAUGAACCGGGUCUACUUGAUGGGUUUCCUUCAGCACAACCUCUUUUGUCUCGAGAAAUUCAGCCAGAUGAUACAUGCUAUUGCCUGUAUACAUCUGGCACGACCGGAACACCCAAGGGCUGUGAGAUCACCCAUGACAACACCGUGCAGGCAAUGUUGGCUUUCCAAAGACUUUUCUCACCACACUGGGAUGACCACUCUCGGUGGCUGCAGUUUGCGUCCUUUCACUUUGACGUCAGUGUCCUCGAGCAAUAUUGGAGCUGGAGCGUUGGGAUUUGCGUCACAUCAUGUCCUCGGGAUCUUCUGUUCGAGGACCUGCCGGGCACAAUACAAAAGCUUCAAAUCACACACAUUGACCUCACCCCCAGCCUAGCAAGACUGGUUCAUCCGGCCGAGGUUCCUUCACUUUGUCGAGGAGUAUUCAUCACUGGUGGUGAGCAACUGAAACAAGAAAUUCUCGAUGCAUGGGGGAAAUACGGAGUUAUAUACAAUGGUUAUGGACCGACAGAAGUGACUAUUGGAUGCACCAUGCUCCCCAGAAUGUCUGCCAACGACAAAGCUUCAAACAUCGGACCACAGUUUGACAACGUAGGAUCAUAUGUCUUCUGUCCAAAUACGACAACACCCGUUGUGCGUGGCGGCAUUGGAGAACUAUGUGUAUCUGGACCUCUGGUCGGAAAAGGCUAUUUGAACAGGGCAGAGUUGACUAUGGACCGGUUUCAGGUUGUGCCUGAACUUCAAGAUCGCAUAUAUCGCACCGGCGAUCUGGUUAGGAUCUUGUAUGAUGGCAGCUUUCAGUUUCUAGGUCGCAUCGAUGAUCAAGUCAAACUCCGCGGGCAGCGGCUUGAAAUCGGAGAGAUCAACGAAGUGAUCAAGCAAUCGACCCCCGAGGUGAACGAAGUGAUCACUUUGGUUAUCAAACAUUCUAAGCAUUCCAAGGACCAGCUUGUCUCCUUUGUCACCAAAACAGCUAGAGACCAGAAGAAUUCUCGCGCUGUGGAAGUUCGUCCCUCUGAAGCUGACGGUACGUUGCUAUCAGCUAUCAAGACUGCGUGUCACACACAUCUUCCUGGGUACAUGGUGCCAACACAUGUUAUUCCUAUGACUCGCUUCCCUCUUUCUGCAAACAACAAAGCAGAUAUGAAGGUCCUGAAGAGCAUCUACCAAGAACUAUCUCUGGAGGACAUACAGAAACUAACGGCAUUGGGUGCUAAUCGAGACACGAGUAACUCACAACAGCAGAAAAUAAUAUCUGUCCUGUCCGAACUUCUCGGAUCCUCUGACCUGACAAUUUCUCCGUGGUCGAGUAUCUACGAAUUGGGACUUGACUCAAUCUCGGUGAUAGCAUUUUCCAGGAGUCUGAGAGAGACUGGAUUUUCCCAGGCUCAGCCUUCAUUGAUCAUGAAGCACCCGACGAUUGCAGGCAUGUCCUCAGCUCUUCAGAUGUCAACAUCACCAUCCGGUUUGCCAGAUAGUCUCCACAAGCGAGCCAAACAGGGUAUUGAGGCUUUUGUCCACAAGCAUACACACCUGGUCCUUGAGAGUAUUGGGGUUCUUGACAAUGAAGUUGAGAAGAUUGCCCCCUGCACACCGCUCCAAGAAGGCAUCAUUUACCACUUCUUGUCUAGCAACACGUCUCUGUACUGCUCAUCCUUUACUUUCGAGCUUGAAAAAUCGAUUGAUCUUCAAAGACUGCAGUCAGCAUGGUCUCAGGCUCAGCAGGAGGUUCAGAUGCUGCGAGCUCGGUUCUCGCCAUCCCCUGACGGCUAUGCACAGGCCAUUCUGAAAGAGGACAGUCUCCCAUGGUUUUAUGCCACCACGCCACGAGAGGAAGAUAUCAAAAGAUUUCUGAAACAGAGACAUCAACAGUGGGUUUGGGGCCUCGGUGGUCUGUCGACAAAUCUUUGGGAAGUUGGCGUUGUUGGCUUUUCUGACAAAUGGGUUAUGUGCCUGAAUAUUUUCCAUGCUUUGUACGAUGGCAACAGCAUGGGUCUUCUCCUCAGCCUUGUUGCUCGUCACUAUUUGAAUCAGUCCAAGUCUGUGGCGCGGCCACCAAGUUUCCUUGACAUGCUGCAUUUGGGCCCCUUGUGCAGAGACCCUUCCGCCGAAACAUUCUGGAGAAAACAUCUCGCAGGAUGCGAGAACCGAGUUCUGGUGGAGUCAGAUCAUGAAAACAGCGCAUCAACAAUUUACAAGACGCGUAUAAACACGACUGAGCAUGUCGAUCGCCUCAGGCAAUCGCUCAAUGUCACAGAGCAGGCUGUUCUUCAUGCCUGUUGGCUUCUCACUCUUCACCAACACUACUCUUUUGUACCACCACUCGGUAUCAUUGCGUCAGGAAGAGUGAUUGAUGUUGCAGGCAUUGACAAUGUUGUCGGACCUUUCUUCAAUACUAUCCCAAGCAAUGUUCAAUUGCGCGGUCUGGAAUAUUGGUCCGACAUUGCUCUGAAGUGCCACGAGUACCAUGUAUCCACGCUUCAGUACCAACACACUCCCCUGAGGGAUAUUGUAAAGUGGCUCGGGAAAAAUUCCGAUGAAAAGCUUUUCGACUCUCUUUUCGUCUUCCAGAGGGAGACUAACGAUAGCCAAGCGUUCACGGAGCAUUUAUGGCGCCCGCUCGACUCGGAGGCUCAGCACGAAUACCCUCUGGCCUUCGAGAUCACGCGCCAUGGAAAUGAAUCACUGACAGUAACGCUUGCCGCAAAGAGUCAAGUUCUAUCACCAGAUGCGGCGCAGCAGGUACUCAGCAGCUUCGAGCGGCUUUUGUUCGACUUCGCCAACAAUCCCAAACGACGAUUGCCUCAAAUCAAUGGGGUGCACCAAGAAGAUCACCUUCAAAAACAUGGUGAACUGAAGAAGCCGCGUGAGGUCGUGAAACGUUUUGUUGUUGAUGGUCCAGUAUUUCAAUGGACACCUCAAGCUUGCACAAUCCGCAAAGCCAUUGCAACUCUGGCUGGGGUCGAGCACCAAUCUGUCUCCGAGGACGUGUCUAUCUUCGAAGUAGGUCUUGAUAGCAUCGACGCGAUCAAACUGUCUUCACUAUUGAGCAAGUCAGGAAUCAAGCUUCCGGUGAGCACCAUCAUGCGCCAUCGAACUGUCAAGACCAUGGUCGGACAACUGUCAGAGACAAACCGCCGCGUGCAGAAUGGCACAUAUCCUUUGCUGGGCAAGAUGGAAAAAUCUUUGACAAGAUUCCUGGAAAGAGAAGGGCUGCUAACUCAGGAUUUUCGUCGAGUUCUUCCUGCUACCCCGAUUCAAGAAGCCAUGGUUGCAGAAAUGGUUGCAUCUGGCUACAAGCACUAUUACAACCACGAAAUCCUCCAGCUUGAGCCCCAUGUAGAUCUUUCACGGCUUCAAGAAGCAUGGCAAGCUGCUGUGAGAGCUCAUCCAAUACUUCGUACCUCAUUCGUCGAAGUCUGGGACCCAGAGAUAUACACUUCGUACGCUCAGAUCGUCCACGGUGAGGAUAAUCUCGACUUCCAAAUUGUGCACCUGCGUGGCGUGUCUGUGAAUACCAUAAUAGAGGCACAUCGUUCAAGGGCUACCACAGACCUGGCUUGUCGCCCACUCGUGAGCAUCACAGUGGCUAUGGAUGGGGAUAUACGUUACCUUGUUCUAUCAAUUGCACAUGCUCUCUACGAUGGCUGGUCAAUCAACUUGCUCCAUGAGGACGUUGCCAGAUGUUACGCAGGCGAGGGUUGCAACCGCCCAUCAAUCGAUAGCAUUCUUGAGCAGAUAGUAUCCUCAUCUGGUGAUCGUGCUUCCAGAUUUUGGAGAGCAACGCUGUCCAACUACAGACCAGUGGCCUUCCCACGAAGUGAGAAUGCAGGCAAGGAUGAAGAUGUGGUUCACCGUGCUGAGGGAUCCCUUUCUGUCCCACUCAGAAAAGCAGAGGCUUUCUGCAGGCGUCAUGGUAUCACUAUGCAGGCACUUUUGGUCAGUUGCUGGUCCCUUGUGCUCGCAGGCUAUGUCAAAAAGCUGGAUGUCGUCUUCGGUCUCGUUCUUUCUGGCCGAAAUGUCGCCGGCUCUGAGCAUGUGAUGUUCCCUACAAUGAACACAGUAGCCAUGCGUGUUGUUCUCCAUGGUACCUGCUUGGAACUGGUGAAAUAUGUGCAAGACACCCUUCUGGAGAUGUCAGAACACCAACACUUUCCUCUUCGACGCGUAAGACCGGAAACAGGGCCACGCCAAUAUUUUGACACGCUAUUUAUCUACCAGAAGAGACCUAUCGAGAGUACUGCUCAAGGACCGAAGCUGUACACCUCGACAGGAGGUGCGUCCGAUAUCGAGUAUCCCGUCUGCGCUGAGGUUGAAGGCGUUGGGGAAACCCUUGUGGGCCGAGUGGCUUGUCGGGAGACUGUUCUGGGAGAGAAAGAUGCUUUGAAGCUGGUGGACCAGAUGGCACAUACACUUUUGUCCAUCGUGGAUGAUCCCAACCAACAAACCGUCAAUUUCACAAGAGAGGGCUUGAGCAUAUGUAGAGGCCCAGUGUUCCAGGACUCCUCAGCUGGAGUUAUGGAUGUGGCCGAUGCAAAAUCCCAGGCACCGCAUUCAACUGAGUGGUCUCCCAUUGAGUCCAGGAUCCGCAAUGUCCUUUCGACUGUCGCUGGAGUUCCAGAGGUCUCGAUUGACAAGAGCGCAACUAUAUUCCAACUGGGACUGGACAGCAUCAGUGCUAUUAAAGUUGUGGCCCUUCUGAAGAAGCAAUCCGUCAAGCUUGCUGUCAGUGACAUUGUCAAAGCUGGAACAAUUGACAAAAUGGCCAAAGCAGCAAAUGUUGCCCAGAUGGAGCUCACGACGGCAGAGAUAUCUGGCGCUCUCUGCAGCUCACUCAGCGGGAUAGAUGUGAAGGCACUGGCGCAGUCACAUGGCAUUGAUUUGCAUCUGGUUCAGAACACUUUCCCUGCAACAGCGGGACAAUCAUACUUUCUGUCCAUGCACGCCUUAAACCAGGAAGUGUUCUAUCCGGUAUUUUACUACCUGGCAUCGAGAGAGCUGAGCGAAGAGCGGCUAGAAAGAGCAUGGGUUACUCUCAUAGACCAGAUGCCCAUCCUCCGGACUGUCUUCAUUCCUACGAGAGACUUUCCACGACUGCCAUACGUCCAAGCCGUGUUGAACUCGGUACAGAAUCCCGUUGUCUGGCACCAGGAAUUCCAUAGCCAUAUGAUUUCGUGCAAUACGCAACGAGGUGUGGGCUCAGUAUCAGUUGAACUACGUGCGUGCCAUACAUCCCAAGGCACAGCGCUCGUACUGCAAAUUCACCAUGCACUUUAUGAUGCUGUCAGUCUUCCGUCCAUGAUUGGUAGACUUGCGAUUCUUUACAGUCGAGGAGAGGAACAGGAACCUCACCGUGGCUCCGUCGACAUCUCACAGUUUGUGGCAUUCCAGCUUGUCCGUUCACCGGUGGAUACUCGGCGGCAAUUCUGGCAGGAAUACCUGGGCCAAUUCUCAACCGACAAGACCGCCGUGCCACAAAAGUCUAAAUUUGGCGUCAUCCACCAGUACUACCGCCCAGGUCUGGUUUCAAACAUAAGUAGGCUUGAAAUAGCCGCUAAGCGCCAUGGUCUCAGUGUACAAUCCAUCUUUUUGGCCAUUUACGCUCGUAUCCACACUCGAAUCUUCAUUCAUGAUGAUAAAGACCAGCAGAGCUUGAUUGUUGGGUUGUAUCUUGCCAAUCGAUCUUACGCCGCUGAGGGAUUGUCUGAGCUUGUUGCGCCUACUGUCAACAUUGUCCCACUUCGGCUCGAUGCCAGGAUCACCGAUAACCACGAGUGCCUCUUUGCUGCAGCUGGGAGAAUUCAGAAUGACAUCAAUGAAAUCAGCAUGGUUGAUCAUGCUGCUGUCUCUCUUGGAGAAAUUGCUGAAUGGACAGGCGUCCGAAUUGACACAUGCAUCAACUUCCUGCGAUUACCCGAGUUGGAUGAUACCAGCAGCCACCCGAAGGAAGGCGCAAAGGUUUUUUUCAAAGCUAUUUCUCGUGAAGAACUCGAGGGACUGCGGGAUUCAAGUCACGGCGUGUGUCACCAAGCCCGAACUAAUGGUGACGUUGCAGCCGCAACACCACCCACCCCAACAAGUGGACUUGAUUCCAACACUUUGGCGGUUAUUCAAGAUGUUUACCGACCUACUCUCGACGUGGAGGCCGCCGUUCGAGAUGGUCGGCUAGACUUUGGUCUCUUUGGACCUGACAGUCGACUGGAUCGUGCCACGGCAGAGCGAAUAAUUGAAGAUGUCCAACAAGAGAUCAGUGCAUUGGUAGACACACCAGGCCCAGCCAUGUCGAUAGAAGAGGACCAGAGAAAGCAUUAG